ACCACAGCAGCUCCAACCACAACUACAGCAGCUGCAACCACGACUACAGAAGGACCAACCACAACCACAGCAGCUGCGACCACAACUACACCAACUGUGACCACAACUAGAGCAACUCCAACCACAAGCACAGCAGCUGCAACCACAAGCACUGCAGCUCCAACCACAACAACUGCACCUCCAACUACUGCAACUGCAGCUCCCACCACAACCACAGCAUCUCCUACCACAACCACAGCAGCUCCGAACACAACUACACCAACUGCGACCACAACUAGAGCAACUCCAAACACAAACACAGCAGCUCCAACCACAACCACAACAGCUGCAACCACAAGCACUGCAGCUCCCACCACAACCACAGCAGUUCCGACAACAACUACACCAACUGCGACCACAACUAGAGCAACUCCAAACACAAGCACAGCAGCUCCAACCACAACCACAGCAGCUGCAACCACAAGCACUGCAGCUCCAACCACAACAACUGCAACUCCAACUACUGCAACUGCAGCUCCCACCACAACCACAGCAUCUCCUACCACAACAACAGCAGCUCCGACCACAACUAGAGCAACUCCAAACACAAACACAGCAGCUCCAACCACAACCACAGCAGCUGCAACCACAAGCACUGCAGCUCCCACCACAACCACAGCAUCUCCUACCACGACCACAGCAACUCCGACCACAACCACAGCAGCACCUACAACCACCACAGCAGGUCCAACCACAACAACAGUCGCUCCGACGACAACUACAGCAGAGGCAACCACAACAACUCCAACCCCAACUACUGCAACUGCAGCUCCAACUACAACCACAGUAGUUUCUACCACAACUCUGACUACAAUCACAGGAUCGCCAAUUAAAACCACAGCUACUCUAUCUACAACCACAGCAGCAGCAACCACUCCAGGUCCCACCACAACAUCUGCAGCUCCAACAACCACCACAGCAGUUCCAACCACAACUACAGCAGAACCAACAACCACCACAGUUGCUCCAACCACAACAACAAGCAACUCCAACCACAAGCACAGCAGCUCCAACCACAACUACACCAACUGCGACCACAACUAG